UAUUUGGCAACCGAGGCGGCAGAGCGGGGAGGGCUGAGAAGAGGGUAUCCCCGGGAUUUUUUUUUACGCCGAAUUAUCGGAGUUAAUUGUCACUCAAACCUCAAGCAAGACCCUCCGAUAAGACGAUCAGCGUCACAACGACCCGGCGUGGCCAUGUCCGACGAGGCCGUGCGUCAGACGCGGAGUCAGAAGCGUGCUCUGGAGCGCGACUCGCUGCCCGUGGACCUGGACGUGAAGAAGGUGAAGAUGGAGGCAGGCGGCGCCGAGCGGGAUGACCGGCCCGUGCUGCGGCCCAGGCCUGAGGCUGCCUCCGCCCCCACGCGGGGCUCCACCUUCCUCAACGCCAGCGAGGUGAAGGCCACCAUCAAGGUGGAGGUGCAGGCCAGGGAGGAGCCCGUGGACAUGAGCACCACCCGAAGUGAUGUUAAAAAAGAGAAGCGGCCUCUGUCGCCAGACGACGUCAUUGUCCUCUCUGACAACGAGCCGUCCAGCCCGCAGAUGAAUGGCGCGGGCCACUUUAAAGAGCUUGACACGGACCUGCUCAUGAAGAGCAGUCCUGAGGAGAGAGAGCGCAUCAUUAAACAGCUGAAGGAGGAGCUGAGGUUGGAGGAAGCCAAGCUGGUGCUGCUGAAGAAACUCCGCCAGAGCCAGAUACACAAAGACACCAGCGCACAAAAGACGUUGGGUUCAGGCUGUGUGGCCACACCUCCUCCUCUGGUGCGGGGCACAGUGUCCAGCAAAGGAGCGCAGCCUGUUCUGGCGGGACGCAGCUCGGGGACAGUGAUCCCGCCUCCUCUGGUGCGUGGGGGCCAGGUGUCCAAACACGGCUCUCAGAACUCUCAAAUCAUCAUGCCGCCACUCGUGAGAGGAGCCCAGCCCAUCUCGGUGACGCCCCAGCAGAUUGCCAGCCUGCGGCAGCAGCAGCAACAGCAGUACUCGGGGUCGGGGCCACCACCCCUGCUUCUGGCUCCCCGCGCCGCUGUGCCCGCUGCCGCACACGCCCAGAAGCUCAUCCAGCCGGGCAUCAUCCGCGUGGCCAACGUGCCCAGCGCCAACCUGCUCGUGAACGUCAGUCAGUCCACCGCCACCAACCUCAAGACGUCCCUGGGUAGCACGCAGGGGGGCGCGUCCAGCGCCGGAGACUCCCCGGCCAGCCGCCAGGCGGCCGCCAAGCUGGCCCUGCGGAAGCAGCUGGAGAAGACCCUGCUGGAGAUCCCGCCCCCAAAGCCACCUGCCCCCGAGCUCAACUUCCUGCCCUCGGCUGCCAACAACGAAUUCAUCUACCUGGUGGGGCUGGAAGAGGUGGUGCAGUGCCUGCUGGAUGCGCUGGGCAGAGGCAAGCAGGGAGGCUCUCAGCCCACCACUGCCCUGGACCCUUUCACCUGCUCCCAGUGCCAGACCGACUUCACCUGCCGCUGGCGGAAAGAAAAGGGCGGCGCCAUCAUGUGCGAGCAGUGCAUGUCUACCAAUCAGAAGAAGGCGCUGAAGGCCGAGCACACCAAUCGGCUGAAGGCGGCCUUCGUCAAGGCCCUGCAGCAAGAGCAGGAGAUCGAGCAGCGCAUUCUGCAGCAGGCGUCCUCGCCCCUCCCCCAUUCCCCUUCCACAUCCUCCUCCUCCUCCUCCUCCUCGGCCCACGCGGCCAAAGCCGAGUCACAGGUGAUCCUCUCCCAGCACAUGAAGCAGCGGCCUGCCACCUCGCUCCAGACUCAGCAGCCCACUAGAUCCAGCCAGCCAAUCGGACGCCACCAUUCCAGUAUCUCACAGAGUUCGUCUCAGCUGUCUCGCAGCGUUCAGCAGACGGUGGGCGCCCUGCGCGGCGUCCCGCACGCCUUCUCCCCAUCGUCUCAGCUCCAGAAUGCCGUGGCCGCCGCCGCGCUGGUCAGCAGGCCAGGUAAGCAUGCUGUGCGUCAGGGGUCAAAGGUCAGCACCAGCAACAACGGCAGCGGCGGCAGCAGGAUGGGCGGCAGUGCCGGCAGCAGGAACUCUAACCCCGCCCCUUCCUCCGGCUGGAGGAAGCAGAACAGCGUUGCGCCAGGUGUGACUAUGGCCUACGUGAACCCCAGUCUGUCUGUGCACAAGACGUCGUCCUCGGCUGUGGAGCGUCAGAGAGAGUACCUUUUAGACAUGAUUCCCUCCAGAUCCAUCUCCCAGACCGCAAACACAUGGAAAUAAGCCUGCCACGGAUACCCCUCAUCUGACCUUUGGUCACAGCCACGAUUACGAAACCCAGUCCACUUCUAGAAGUUCAAAACCCUUCCCUGCAGUUCUGGAACACGUCUACAACCUUCUGAAUAGAUUCUGGCAGGGAUCCGAAGCUUCAGAGCCUAGCAUCCGGUUCUAGAACAGUCCCACAACCACAGGAACCUAGCUUUCCGUUGUGUUCUCAAGAAGAAUGCGUUCUCAAGAAGUCAAGGUUGAGAAUGUGCCCUCACCUUCUCUUGCAGUCCUUUCCAUCAUCCACAUGGCUUUAAAUGUUUUUUUUCCCAGUACUUCCUAAUUUUCAAUUUAUUUCUUUAAAAAAAAAAAAAAAAAAAAAAAAGUAACUGUUUAAUCUUUGUUCGGGAACAGUGUGAAUUUUUUUUAUUGAGGCAAACUAAAGCAGACUGAAGUGGAAAAAAAAGAAAAAAUCAAGUUAAAGGGCUUCCACUUUUGCUGUGGCCAUCAGGCUGUGUAAAUGGCAGGACAAAAGCAACCCGUGCUGCCCUCCGGGACACGGAGCGCUGCCCGUCAGGGAGAAGGACUCCAAACGCCGGGCAACAUGAACUCGAGAGAACGAUGCUUCCUGCUGUACCAUGAAGUGACUCAUGGGCCUGCUUGGGACUGUAUAGCUUCGGUUCUUGGAGAAAAUAAAUAAAUAAGUUUCCUUAAAUAAUUAAAAAAAAAAUUUAAAAGACUGAAAAAAAAAAUGAAAAAAACAAAUAAAUGAAAGCUAGCAGUGCUAAAUGAAGAGCCAUUGGUGGCUAAAAUAUUUUUUUUUAAAUGUUGCUUUAGUUUAGUUUUUCGUUGUUUUAAUUCACUGUUUGAGUAUAAGUUAAGUUAUAUUGCAGUGUCGAAUCGAAGCUCGACAGGAUGUAUAAGUCUCAUUUGAGAUACUUUGCUUCAGAAACUGUUUGGUCCUCUUUAAAGAGGAAACUCCGCCGACUCGGCCCCGCACCACUUUUCGUUUUCGUUUUUAGAUGUCGUAUAGAACAUGCCAAGGCUUAUUUCGUCACUGUGACACACAGGUGACGCACACAGGUGACACAUAACUGACCCUGAUGGAACACCUGCAAUGAUCGCGUCAUGGACACAAUAUCCACACCUUCUCAUAAAUAUUACGUGCCCAAGAUUUUUUGUUUUUGUUUUUUUUAUAGUUAUUCUGUCACUUCAUUCAGUUUCAUUCACGUAUUACGGUUCGCAAAAUCAAAAAAAAGGAAAAAAAAAGUAACGUACCGUUAAAAGAGUGAGGAAUGCUUUAGAUGACAUUUGUAAGAUUGACUGCCUACUCACUUAUGUACAUUCACGCUCGACUCCAGCACACCUUGACUGGCUCCCCGUGCAUUCAUAGCUCUAGACGUCUCACUCGGAUAUCAGUAAACCGUUGAUCGUCAUAGUCGUUCACAGUAGCCUCAGAAACUGCAUUUCGUAACAGAAUAGUGGUGCCUAGAAUGGAGGAUUUUUGUACUGGAUGCCUUUGCCAUAUCAAUACAUUUUUGGACUUGAUAUUGAUUUUGUAAGGACCGUGCAGAACUCUCACAAUGCGCAUCCAAAGUCUCCCGGCACUGAGAAGAAGCUAGGAAAUGUAAUUUGUAAGAACGCAGACGCAGUUUCUCUAAAGCACCGCAGAGUUGAGCUAAUCUUCCAUGCCGGACAAAGUGAUAUUCCUUCUGCCAUUUCGCGGUGACCGCUGUAUUAUAGUAUAUGGAACGGAGCCCUGUUCAGUAGUGAAGUCUCUCCUCCCCCUCACGAACAUGUCACUAAACGGACAAACCGACAUUAGGUGUCCUUGCGCUUGUCUUUGCGGGUAGCUUACGCCUUUUACGCCUGCUGCGGCCGCAGCUCGUCCUGUUGUCUUUAUGCUUUAAAACCAUUGCGAGCCCUUUAUGCUUUACAGAGUACGUUUUCCUUUUGGUUUGUUUUACCGUAUUUGACACCGCAAGGUUUCGAGGUUGGUUUCAUUCUGCAGCGCCUUCGCUAAGUACUCUUUCUCUUGUGCUCAGCCAGUUGGAGACGGAGACUACCACAACUUUCCUGACCACUGCUGUUUGAUGUCACGCGGCUCCGUUGCCCGGGGUUACCUGCGACCCUCGCUAGAUGCGGCAUAGCCAGCUUUCUGCCUCUGGGCUUGCUGCACUGUACAAAGUCAUGUUGCUAUUUCUUAGGUUUACUUUGGUUUCCCAGUUCUAUAAAGUAAUAAUAAUAAUAAAGAAUUUUAACCCUUU